AUGGCCGGUAUAAGUACGAGCGGAAGUAGUGCAACGAGUCCACGCCGCCAACGAUACAACCGAUCUUCUACCACAAGUGUUACUCAAUUGCUGUCUGACGGAUAUUCCAGUAUUAUCAAUCGAUUUACCCGUCGUGGACCGUCUGAGAAAAAUGAAGCCGUAAUGGACUCUAAAUUAACCAGUAGUGCCCGUAACAGAUAUGAUGACAGUUUACUUACAAACAAAAAUCCCGCCCUAGCAAAUGUAAGGCGUUAUGAGAACAAUAGUAGACGUAAUUUAUCCCCCUAUAAUUCUUAUAGUGGCUUAUCAUCUACUGCAAAAAAAUUUAGCGACGAUCACACCUACAAUUAUCUCGGUGCAACCAAAACGCGUGUCAAUACAUCACCCUUACACGCUGCGUCUGGUUUCAGUGCUCUGGGCCGCAAUGACUCAUUUCGUAGAGCUCAUGUGAAAGACAAAUCAUCGCCACUCGUAAAACGAUAUCCGCUGAAGGAGGCAAACAACAAUAUCGAUACUACAAUUACUUUGGGAAGUACUCGCAGUCGCUUGGAGGAUAAGUACUCGUCGGUUUUAGACAAAAUAGCUGUGAUGAAAAAGGAAAAAGCUAGAAAAGAAAAGGAGGAUCGCGAAAAAACAUUAGAACCGGAACCCACGCUUUCUAGAGGAUUAAUGAGAAGUUUUACGACUGCUGUUUUUGGUGAGAGUUCAUUUAAACGGCAUCACAACUAUUCUCGUGAAAAAACAAGAGAUAAAACUCCGUUCCGUAACACUACCGAUCGACGUCUAUCGGCACACAAGCAAAGUGACCGAAAUGAACUGAAAAAUGGCUAUGACACAAGCAAUAUAAAUUUUAAUUAUGGAAAAGAUAGAAACAGCAUUUAUAGGAAACAUCAGAGAAGAUCGCUACGUGCUGAAAAGAGUGAAAAUGAUCGAAAAACGACAAAACUUUCUUUACGACCCAUAGAUGUGAGCUUGCAAAGUGGGGCUCGCGAUCUAAUCUCACCACCUCAACAAUUGAACGCAGAUUCUAAAAUUAAUAAUUUAAAAACACCUGCAUCUUCUCCCGCUAAAGAUGUCGGUAGACAAAAACAAAUAUAUUACCCGUCGAGCGAUGAAGACGACGACAAAACACCCGUCGGUGAUCAAAUACUGAACGAACGUGAGACUAGGCGUAAAGAAAUACAGAGUUUGAUAAUGAAAUACGCUCAUUUGGAUGAGGUGUACGGGCGUAUUACGGAUAAAGAGUCCAAUGGAUUAUCUUCAGCUCCCGCUAAGUUUAAGAAGCCAGAACCUAUUGGUAUAGGAGAUGUCGUAGCGCUUCCACCUGAGUUGAGGAGUCGACAAAGGCCUCAGCGACCGCGGCACCACAUACGUCAAGCGGCCACGCCGCCUAGCUCCCGUGCACGCUCCUCCGUCAAGGACGACAAGGAUGGACACCUGGUCUACUGGCCCGGAUAUGUCAUGGGAGCAAGAUACAAAAUCAUCGACACACUCGGUGAGGGCACAUUCGGCAAGGUGGUGGAGGUGAAAGACUUGGAAAUGGAACACAGAAUGGCUCUGAAGAUUAUUAAGAACGUCGAGAAGUACAGAGAGGCUGCAAAACUAGAAAUUAAUGUUUUGGAGAAUUUGGCUGAGAUUGAUCCAGAUUGUAAGAAUUUGUGCGUGAAAAUGUUGGAUUGGUUCGAAUACCACGGACACAUGUGCAUCGCGUUUGAAAUGCUCGGACAGAGUGUGUUCGACUUCCUGAAAGACAACAGCUACCAGCCCUACCCGCUGGAACAAGUGCGGCAUAUCGCAUACCAGCUCAUAUACAGCGUGCUCUUCCUUCACGACAAUAAACUCACGCACACAGAUCUCAAACCAGAGAACAUCCUGUUUGUGGAUAGCGAUUAUGAAGUCGUCUCUGUAUAUAGUAGUUCUAAGAAGAAGCACGAGCUGCGUCGCGUGAAGCGCAGCGAUGUGCGCCUGAUCGACUUCGGCAGCGCCACCUUUGACCACGAGCACCACAGCACCAUCGUGUCCACGAGGCACUAUCGGGCACCAGAGGUCAUCCUGGAACUGGGCUGGUCGCAGCCGUGCGACGUGUGGUCUAUCGGGUGCAUAAUGUUUGAGUUGCAUCUGGGCAUAACCUUGUUCCAGACACACGACAACCGAGAACACCUCGCCAUGAUGGAGAGGAUCCUCGGACCCAUUCCUUACAGAAUGGCAAGAAAAACGCGAACAAAAUACUUUUAUCACGGCAAAUUAGAUUGGGACGAAAAGUCAUCAGCUGGCAGAUAUGUUAGGGAUAAUUGUAAACCUUUAUUGAGAUACAUGGCUAACACAAGUGAGGAACAUCGUCAAUUGUUCGAACUGAUCGCUCGGAUGUUAGAAUACGAGCCCCUGCAACGCAUCACGCUACGGGAAGCACUCAACCACCCUUUCUUCAGCAAACUGCCGCCGCACCAGAGGCUAGGCAGUGACCGCCCGCGUUGCAACGGCGAAGGAUCCGGUUCGCGUGAGCGGUCGCAUUCGUUGAGUAGGUGA